AUGUUCAAGUUUAAUGCUAUUGACGACCUGAGACCAAAACUACCGGACCUGAUCAAAAUAGACGAUAUAACUUCAGGUAAGAUAGAUCCAAAACUAAUAUACGAGGAGAUAGAGAGAUUGAAAGCAGAGACUAAUAUAUUAAGAAACGAUAUGUCAUCAUUUUUAAGAGCUUUAACAGUAAUACCAAAAGAUCAUUCACAGAAGGAAUUUUAUCAAAAUAUAAUAACAAGACUUUCAAUAAUUCAACAAAGUAUAAAUGAAUAUUGUGAAAGGUAUAAUAAAUUAUUACCAAUAAUCAAUUUAGCUCAAAUUAAAUUAGGUCAUGAAGUUGAAGCACCACCAACAAAUGUAAAACUUAAAUCAAAUCCUUCAUCAACUAAUAAUACUCCAAAUUUAGGUAAUAAACCAUCACCAAUGAAUUCUAAUCCUGAAAAUAUAAUGAAUUCUACACACAACACCCCGAAUAGUAAUAUAGCAACUCCAAGUAAUGGAUCAGCAAUCAGCGCAAAUAUAAAUAAGAAUGUAAAGAAGAAUGUUAAAAAGUCAAACACUACGCAUGUGAACAAUAAUUCUAAUGGGUCCUCAUUGAAUGCAAGUGUCAACAAAAAUCAAGGUGGAAGUUCAAGUCUGCCAAUUGUUAUAUAG